UAAUUGUGCUGAUAUAUAUGGUUUGUUAAGGAAAUGGUCCAUCAUGAAGAUUUUGAACCAAAAGAGAUCUAGGAUGACAAUUGUGUUGGGACUUUUAGGGAUGAGGGUACACGUACGAUAGGUCGAGACCGGGUGACUAGGAUUGUGAUAGAGUCGUGAACAACGUUCACUUUCCGUAAAGAAUAUUUCCACCCUCAACAAGCCUAGGGUUACAGGAAAUUUCUUCGUAGUAUAAAAUUAUCAUCACUUUAGAAUCUAGGCUUAAGAAACUAAAGCAUACUUAGAAGUUUAAUAGGAAGAAGAAUCUGUUUUGAUGUCUCCUCCCACCAGCCGAUUCCAUCUAUUUAUAGAUACCAAUGCCAAGCAUCACCUCGGUUUACAUCUAACCGCCCAACUCCUGAAACAUUGUAUAGUUUCAUGGUAUCCGGUUAAUUUGCAACGUGCAAUUAUUUGGAGAAGAAGUGUCUUUUCCCAUUUGGCCAAGGCACAUAUUCUUUCUACCAAACAAAACUGAACGUCCAGGUGGUGAUAAGGAGGAGGUUCCAUGUAGCCAAGGGACGUAAAUGUUCAUUCAUUUCAAAGCCAAGGAAAAACUACCAUACCAAACAAUGGACGUAUAAGUUAUCCAUUUCAAAUUCAUGGUAGUUUUGUCCAUUAACUUAAAAAUAACAACACGUUGCUUUCAUGCCAUUAAUUUUAAAUUAUGAAACGUUGCUUUCCUGGCUAACUGCCAUGCCAAAGCUUUGCCAUGCAACAUGUGAUAACAUUUGUUCAAACCGGUCUAGUUAGUCCGGGUGAAUCAAAUUCCCAACAAAUUGACCGGACAAUGACCUUAGAAUGCUAUCCACGUUUGAACAGGUGUGCCCUUCAAUAAAAAUAAAUAACUUAUUCAAUACAUAUAAAUUCUUAAUUCUUAAAGUUCAUAAUUUCUUUUUAAUACCAAUUUAUGAUAACUUUUUAUAUUGAAAAAGUUUUAUUCAAUACAUUCAUUGCUGAUACUAUGAACAAUGGCGUAGUCAGAAAUUCAUCCAAGGUAGGUCAAACGUGGAAAAAUAUAUAUAAAGUAUGUUCAGGAUGUGUGCAUGUUCAAAAAAAUUUCUAAAAUACAUUCAUCGUGCAAAUUAUGAUAGAUGUUAAGAUACCACAACGAAAUCAUUCAUGAUUCCACAACUCGUCUUAUUCUGGAGUGUUUAUUUACUUUGCUUAUUGUAGCAAGUGUUCUUUCAACAAUUGCAUUGACACAAGAGAGUCUUGAUUUGUUCUAAUAUGUUGGUGGCUUGUUUUGUCCAACAUUUUAUAAUAAAAAAAGUGAAAGAAAUGGCCACACCGUGUUUUGUGUAACAUCCCGACUAAAUGAAUCAAGAUACACUGAAUAAAAAAGAAAAGUAAAAAUUUGAAUCAUAAUCGCAAGUUUACUUGGAUUCUAUACGUCAGUUUACGUGCCUACGGAGUGUGGCCAAUUUUUGGAACUUGUUUCUCCCAUUUCCCAUGUGUUUGCGAAGUAGGCCGUCAAAAUCGUGAUUUAGCUUAAAAAACUUAUGUUUUUAUACGCUUUUAGAUUACGAAAACACUUCUACACAUAAUCUCACAUUUUCCUUACAAUUGUAGUUAAAAUCGAUGCUUUAAAGUUAAAAACUUACGAUUUUACGCCUCUAAAUCACCAAAAUACUUCUACAUAAAAUUACGCUUUUGAUUAUGGCCAAGUGGCCGCCAGCCACACCCCUAUAUAUACAAAUUAAGUUUAAAGGGAUUUAGACAAUAAUUGUGCUGGUAUAUAUGGUUUGUUGAGGAAAUAGUCCAACAUGAAGAUUUUGAAGGAAAAGAGAUAUAGGAUGACAAUUGACCGGACAAUGACCUUAGAAUGAAGCCAAGGAGUAAUGCUAUCCACUUUUGAACAGGUGUGUCGCUCAAUAAAAGUUUUAUACUAAUCUUAAUCCAACUCACAAAACACACCAUAAUUAUCCCCCUAACCCAAUAAUAACUAAAAUAUACCCCACAUUGGCUUUCAGUAGCCGAAUUCCCCGGGAGCAAAUGUGGUGAGUAACCAUGAGUUCCCCGUCCACAUCAAUAUGACAUUAGCAUCUCUCCUGGAAAGUCUUUUAUCUUUUUCCCUUUAAUCUUUAACGAACAAUUUUUUUUUUCGUUUUAAGUCAAAAUUUAAAUUUGUUUGCACAGAUAAAUCAGAUUAAAUGUGCUCUUCAAAAUGAUAUCCAGUUUGAUAUAUUUUUGGAACAAAAAAAAUUGAGUCUUUUUUUACUAGUCUAUACCAUAUGGUAUUGACUGGUAUUGAAAUAAGGUCAUACCUAUGGUUUGAAAAGCGUACCAUGGUGGUAUGAGCAAACCAAGACUGUAGGAUGGUUGAAUACAUGAUAGUAGAAAUAUAUUAACUGUCAUUUACGACUUUUAACAUUGUAUACCACAAGAUACCACCUCGUACCAGGGUGGUAUUGUGUGGUAUUGUUUGGUCCUGUAAUUUGUUCAUCCAGAAAUUUGUAGAUCCAAUAGAUCAUGAUGAACUCGUUCCUUCUGCACAAACCUUUUCAAAAACAAAUUAAAAACGAAGAAGAUGCCAUAUGGUACGCAGUGGGUACCGAGAGGCAAGAAAAAAAAUUCUCAAAAAAUAUUGAAAAUGGAUAUCAUUUUGUAGAGCACAACAAACCCGUUCCAUCUAUGCAAAAAAAAAUUGAAAUCCGAGUUAAAACGAAAAACAUGAGUCGAUUAAGAAAUAUAGGAAAACUAAAAACGACAUUUAAUUCUCCAUCCUUAGAUCUAGAUUUUUUAAAAGAAGAGUCGAGAUUUAGUUAUUGAUGCACUCUAUCUUGAGCCGAAUUCCCCCUAUACUAAUCUUCCCUUUGGCGCUUAAACUACAUCAACACCUCUUCCUCUUGUUAUUCGUGUUUUAAUCAUUUCUUACUAUUAAAAAUCAUCUACCACUUUAAACUCUGGUGUAAGAUUUUUCCAGGUCCAACCGUCUACCGAUUUAAACUCUUGACUUAGUAUCAGUGUUAUUAAAGCCAAGCUGAGCUGCUCGGCCCGACCGGUAAAACCGCCCCCCGGUCACAAAAUCUGCUCGAAAUAGUCUAAAAGCCGCUCCGAUUUUAUGUAGCGGUUGACGAGCAGCCGAGACGGUUAACCGCUCGAGCUGCUCGUCCGGUUUUUGCCAUUCAGCCAUUAAAUUUAAUUAAAAAAUUGCAAAAAAUUAAAAAUUGAAAUAAACCAAAAAACAUCGGGCUCUCAAACUGAAUCCUUAUUUCCACUUCACAAUUUCGAAGGAAAGAGACGAGCAAUGAUUAAGAAAUGUCCACUAUUUAUAUUGAUAACGUUUAUUCGGUACCAGUUCUCUUAACGAUUUUUAAACGGUCUAAUGUCGGUUGAACCACUAAAGUGCGAAGCGUUCACAUUAUCAGGUCAUACUCCGGUUCGGUUCUGACAACAUUGUUUAAUAUAUAUAAGAGCAGAACCACCCGUAUGCCAUCAAUCAAAUUAGAGUAUCAAAACACAGCCGCCCGCAUGCCAUCAAUCUAAUCAAAUUAGAGUAUCAAAACAGAGAGAAAGAAAGGUAAAGAAGGUUGUCAAUUUUCACGACAAUGGAUCUGCAACAUAUCAUCUAUUUCUUCAACACCAUCCUCGUCAUCAUCUUCCUAACCGCCACAUUCCUCACUGCACUAAAAAAUCUGAAUAGGUCAAAGAAGUCGUCGCCCUCGCCGUCGUCGUCCGGCCCGUUACCUCCAGGCCCAUGGAAACUGCCCAUAAUCGGAAAUCUGCACCAGAUGGUUGGGCCCCAGCCACCGCACCGCCGGCUAAUGGACCUGGCAAAGAAACACGGCCCAAUCAUGCACCUUCAGCUCGGGGAAACCUCCAACGUCUUCGUCUCUUCCCCUGAGCUCGCCAAGGAGUUCCUCAAAACCCACGACCUGAACUUCGCCUCCAGGCCCAUGUUCCCCACCGCCAGGAUCCUGUCAUACGACGGCCGGAGCGUCUCGUUCGCGCCGCACGGCGAGUACUGGCGGCAGAUGAGGAAGGUUUGUGCUCUCGGGCUGCUGAAUCCCAAACGGGUUGCCCUUUUCCGGCCGGUCAUGGACGACGAGAUCGGCAAGAUGGUCAGCUCCAUACAGCUGCAGCAGCAGGCUGUUAUAAACGUGAGCCGAAUGCUCGGCUCCAUGGGGAACGCCGUCGUUUCGAGGGCAGCUUUUGGGAAGCUGCAAAAGCAAGAGGAAGCCUUCUUACCAGUCUUGCACGAACUGGCAGAGGCGUUUGGAGGAUUUGAUGUGGGGAGCGUAUUUCCGUCCAGCAAGUUACUCCGCCGACUCACCGGAGCCGAGAGACGGGCACAGAGGAUUCACCAAGAAGCAGAUGCCAUCCUCCAAGCUAUCGUCGAUGAGCAUAUAGCAAGGAUAGGAGCUCAAGAUCAUGACGAAGAUCUUGUCGAUGUGCUUUUGAAGUACAAAGAGAAUCAAGGACUCGGAUUCCCAUUCACCAAUGUCGAGAUUAAAGCCGUCAUCACGGAUAUUAUUAUGGGUGGCAGUGAGACCUCGGUUACGAUCGUGGCAUGGGCCAUGUCAGAGCUGAUGAGAAAUCCUCAAGUCUUGGAAAAGGCAAACAAAGAGGUGAGACGAGUUUUCGAUGGAAAAGGAAAGAUAGACGAGGCGGGACUUGCUGAGCUGAACUAUCUCAAAUCGGUCCUGAAAGAAACGCUGAGGCUGCACCCGCCCGCCCCUCUGUUAGCUCCUACAGAGUGUCGAGAAAGGGUUGUGAUUGCCGGAUACGACAUACCCGAAAAAACGAGGGUAUAUGUCAAUGUGCUGGCGAUCGGCCAGGAUCCUCAUUAUUGGGCCGAACCUCAAAAGUUCCAUCCGGAAAGGUUUCUCGACCGUCCCGAUGUCAGCGACUGCAACGGAACAUGUUUUGAAUUUAUCCCGUUUGGCGCGGGGAGGAGAAUGUGUCCCGGCAUCCUCUUCGGCAUGACUUUCGCCGAACUCCUGUUGGCCAAUUUGCUCUAUCAUUUUGAUUGGCGACUCCCGAAUGAAACCAACCCUCGAGACCUGGACAUGUCUGAAUGUUUUGGCAUUAGCGUGAGAAGGAAAACUGAUCUGUAUCUCAUUCCGAUUCCCUGCAACCCUAAAACCGUGUAGUCGUACUUUAUGGUCAUUAAAUCAUUUGUACCGAUAACUUGUGGAAUCUCUUUCCCUGAUUAACUAGCAUGUUCUUCAGAGUUGCUCACAUAUUCACAUGCUUGCGAAUCUGAAGAAAAAAAAACAAGGAAUAUCAUGUGGCAGAGGUGGACAAAUAAGGAUAUAAGGAGACCCUAUUAACUUACUAGAAUAGUAAGUAAUAACAUUCUAGUAAACCCAAAAUGCUUGAAUAUAGAAUUGUAUAUGUG